AUGAAUGUAGCUGUCUACUUGAAACCGCGAGCUCCCCACUGUGCCGUUUCCAACAUGGGUGUUGACUGGAUGGAGGAAAACAAUGGAGAAGUACGGGCUAAAGAGGACAGCAACACAAGCGCAUACUCUGCAAGGACUUUACACGGGUCACUCCGGGAGAGUCAUCAAAACAAAGCCUGGGACCGCGUGCUCUCGCCGGGGUACGCCACAGGUGCGUCCUCGGCGGAACUGCAGGCGCAGCGGGCAAUUAUCCGAGGGCCCCUUAACUCCACUCACCCCUGGAAGAGGGUGAUUGCAGGAGAAACGAGGCGAAUUGGACACAGCAAACGCGACUUCACUAGGACUGUGACACCCGUGGAGGAUCCCAACGCUGUCUCACAUUGGGACCCGACGCGCCACCACAAUAAGAGGAUAAAGUUGAAUGGCGGUUUUAGUAGUACGGGGACGCCAGCAGGUGGACACUACAAUGCGGCUAAGCUCUCUUCAAUAGGGCGGGGAGAUGGAGGAGGGGGACCCGAGGAGGGCGACAGGCACAAGAGAGGCACAAAAGACGAGCAGAAGAAAGCCUCGAAGAGGGGGAGAAACCGGCCGAACAAAAGCUCAGGGGUUUUGGCACAGCCUCACGCGUCGCCGUGGGAACCCAUCCCCAAGCCGGUGGCCCUCACCUCCACCGACCUGCCCUUUGACCUCUUCACCAGGAGGACCGAAUUCUUCACUUUCAGAGAGGAGAACCCCUGGGACGCCACGCCGAUCACCCCUCCCAGCUCGCAAGAUUUCGGGGACGAGAUCAAGAAUCCCUUUUACCCGGUGACAAGUGAGACUUACGGCGCUUACGCGAUCACAUGCGUCUCCGGGGUUAUCUUCCUGGUGGGGAUAGCGGGUAACAUUGCCAUCCUGUGCAUCGUGUGCCAGAACUACUACAUGAAGAGCAUCUCCAACUCACUGCUGGCCAAUUUGGCUGUCUGGGAUUUUGUGCUCAUCUUCUUCUGCCUGCCCAUGGUGGUUUUCCAUGAGCUGACAAAGUCCUGGCUGCUGGGGGAAUUCACCUGCAAAGUGGUGCCCUAUGUGGAGGUGGCCUCCCUUGGUGUGACCACCUUCACCCUGUGCGCUCUGUGCAUCGACCGCUUCCGUGCAGCCACCAACGUCCAGAUGUACUACGAGAUGAUCGAGAACUGCACCUCCACUACCGCUAAGCUAGCUGUCAUCUGGAUUGGUGCUCUCCUAUUGGCCCUCCCAGAGCUCCUCAUCAGACAGCUGGUGGCAGAGGACACAGGAAUCCCAGACGAGCCUCCCGUUGAACGCUGUAUUAUCAGGAUAUCCACCUCACUUCCUGACAUGCUCUACGUGCUGGGCUUGACCUACGAGGGCGCUCGGCUGUGGUGGUGCUUCGGCUGCUACUUUUGCCUCCCUACCCUCUUCACCAUUGGGUGCUCCUUGGUGACCGCACGCAAGAUCCGGCGUGCAGAGCAGGCCAGCGUGCGCAGCAACAAGAAGCAGAUCCGGCUGGAGAGCCAGAUGAACUGCACCGUCGUGGCGCUGGCAAUUGUCUACGGUGCGUGCGUGGUGCCUGAGAACAUCUGCAACAUAGUUUCUGCGUACAUGGCGGCCGGUGUUCCUGAGCACACCAUGUCUGUGCUCCAUCUCCUCUCCCAGCUGCUGCUCUUCUGUCGGGCCGCUGUGACGCCGGCGCUGCUGCUUCUCCUGUGUCGCCCGCUGGGCAGGGCCUUCCUGGACUGCUGCUGUUGCUGCUGCUGUAACCACGAGCCCUCCUCAGCCACUGCCAGUGAUGAUAACGAACACGAGUGCACCACCGAGCUUGAGCUGUCGCCGUUCAGCACCAUCCGCAGGGAGCUGAGUAACUACACACCUGCUGGCUCCAACUGCUAA